AUGCCUGUAACACGUUCGAAGGCGACUGUUACUGAAAUAACUCUUACACAAACGGUGAAGGUAGAAAAACCUCGCGCAGCUCGCAAAGCGAAAGUAAACGGAAAAAUUGUUUCCAAAGCCUCCAAAGGAAAUCGAAACAUCGAGCACCUUUUUGCACUAGCCGAAGUACCCAAAGAUCUUCUGCUUCCAUCAGAAUUUGAGGCAUACCAUGAUCUGCGUUUCAUUGAAGGUGUUAAGCAUAUCUUGUCCAUAGACCCAACGUUGUACCCCGUCGUAGUGCAUCUGAAAUUUCGGGCCUUUUCCAAUGAAGAGAAACCAAUUCAAUCAGAAAGGGACACCAUUCUACACUACUGGUAUGCACUUAUCUCGUCCGUUAUUGGUCAGCAAGUAUCAGGGUCUGCAGCGAAAGCGAUUGAAAGUCGCUUCAGCCUGUCCUUUGAGGGCAAACCAACACCUGAGAAAACGCUUCUAAAGACAGACGAAGAGCUACGGGCAGUAGGCCUACUGAAAAUGAAGGCAAAGUACGUGAGACAUAUCAGCGAGACGUUUGCACAGCCAGGCGAACUCACGUCCUUGGCCUUCUAUUCUACGCCAAAAGAAGAUGUGAUCAAGGGAUUAACUCAACUUAUGGGUAUCGGCGAGUGGUCAGCGAAAAUGUUUGCAGUCUUCACUCUCCGGGAAUUGGAUAUUUUCGCCUUUGACGAUUUGGGAGUGGCCCGUGGGGUGGCCAGGUAUUUGGAAAAUCGGCCUGAGAUGCUAGCCAAAGUAAAGGAAGGUGUACAUGCGGUGGAAGAACUUAAAAAAAGGCUUACGAAGCGUGGUAAGUUUCAAACAAAGUCGUCAAAAAGGACUUGGACUCCGCUACAUGACGAGUACGUAAAAUAUUUGGGACUCAUGUUUGCGCCUUACCAACUGGUGUUUAUGCUUAUUAUGUGGAGACUCGCAUCUACAAAUGUUGAGGUAUUAGAAAAUGUUAGGGACUAG